AUGUCAGCGGCGCCAACCGCUGCUUCUCCAUGGCCACCGCCAGCGGCACGUUAUGAAAUGUCCGAACGCGAGCUCUUUUCGGGUAUCAAUAGCGGUAUUAAUUUCGAUCGAUAUGAGGAAAUACCAGUGGAAGCAACUGGAAGUAACGUACCGCGCCCGUGCAAAAUGUUUGAAGAGCUGCAAUUGCAUCGGACAAUUCAGGAAAAUAUCAGACAGUCGGGAUAUACAAAACCAACGCCAGUUCAGAAAUAUUCGAUUCCGACUCUGAUGAAUUGUCGUGAUUUGAUGUCGUGUGCGCAGACGGGCUCAGGCAAAACUGCAGCUUUUCUUUUGCCACUUAUCAAUCAUAUCGUCCAGAAUGGCACCACUGGAAUAACACAGGAAGAUCUGCCGUUUACACUUUUCGGCCGUCGAACAGUGCUUCCAGCUGCACUGAUAUUGGCACCGACUCGUGAGCUGGCUAUGCAGACUCAUAAAGAGGCGCUAAAAUUCGCAUAUCGAACCAGCGUUACAGCAGCUGUGCUUUAUGGUGGCCGUGAAAAUUAUCGUGAUCAGCUGGGUUGUCAUGUACUUAUUGCAACACCGGGACGUUUGUUGGAUGUGCUGAAUCAGAACGUUGUAGCACUUCACAAAUGUAUGUUUCUGGUGCUUGACGAAGCUGAUCGUAUGCUGGAUAUGGGUUUCGAGCCGCAAAUUCGUCAAAUUGUGGAGCGCCAUUCAUUACCAAAAAAGGGUGAGCGCAUUACGGCGAUGUUUUCUGCUACCUUUCCCAAAGAGAUACAGGUGUUGGCGCAGGACUUCCUUGUACCAAAUUAUGUUUUCAUCGCUGUUGGGCGCGUCGGUUCGACCUCCGAAAAUAUUGUGCAGAAAAUCAUUUGGGUUGGUGAAUAUGACAAGAGGCGUCUACUUAUGGAACUUCUGGAUGCCGAUGGGGACCGAGCACUUACACUGGUAUUCGUGGAAACAAAACGGGGCGCCAAUGAGCUGGCUUGGUAUCUUCAGCGCAAGAAUUACAAUGUUGUGCCGAUCCAUGGUGAUCUGAAACAGUUCGAAAGAGAGCGACACUUGGAAAUGUUUCGAUCCGGGCAAUCAAAUAUACUUGUAGCAACCGCUGUGGCAGCGAGAGGUCUUGAUAUCCCUAAUGUGAAGCACGUGAUUAACUUUGACCUUCCAAACGAUAUUGAUGAGUAUGUUCAUCGCAUCGGUCGCACUGGUCGCGCUGGAAAUCUUGGCCUGGCCACUUCAUUUUUCACCGACAGAAAUCGCAAUAUCGGCCAGCAUCUUACGGCG